AGCGGGCCGGGGCUUGGGGCUUAUAUCUAGCUGCUUAACAAUUCCGUCAUCCAUGGCGGUAAAAAUGGUAUUUCAGAUCAUGAUUGUGCUAUUGUGUUCAAUUGAUGCAAUAUUAUUUGUACAAGCAGCGGGUUUAGCAAUUAAUAGUACUUCAUGUCAAGCAAUCUGUGGGGAUGUUAGCAUCCCGUACCCUUUUGGAAUAGGAGCUGGUUGCUACGUUGAUCACUGGUUUGAAGUAGUUUGCAAUGACUCUUUCAGCCCUCCCAAACCUUUCUUGAGUAGCUUCGGCCUGGAGGUGCUGAACAUUUCAUUAGGAGACGCUUAUAGAUCUUCACGAAGUACAGUUCGCGUCAAUUAUCCGACAUUUUCUACUUGUACUAACAGUUCAAGCAGAAAACAAAAUGUAGAGCUAGCAAACAGCUCUUUCAUCUUCUCCCAGGGAAAAAACAUAUUCGUCGUCAUGGGUUGCGAUAACUCUGCCUCAAUGAGAUCCUCGGAUGGUUCAAUUAUUGGGUGCAUGCAGUCAAGAUGUGAUUCGAGUAAAGUAGUGAUAAAUGGUAGUAGUUGCCAUGGCACUAACUGCUGCCAAACCACAAUUGCUUCAGAUCUCAAUGCGUUCGAGACAACUAUAGAUCCAAUUAGCUACCCUGCAGUCACCAAACAAUGCAAUUCUGCAUUCUUGGUAGAAGAAGAGUGGUUCUGGGAUAGUGGUUCAUUAAUAAAUAUGUCCUCCAUUAUGUCGCACGUUCCUGUGGUGUUGGAAUGGGGGAUUUUUGACACGUCAUUCUACUCACUUCCAAUAUCACUCGAAUCUUAUACCAACAAAGAGUACGAUUGUUAUGGUCAUGGUGGUCCGCGGGCGGCCUAUUUUACAUGUUAUUGCAAUUGGGGCUUUAAAGGAAAUCCCUAUGUUGUUGGAGGAUGUGGAGAUAUUAACGAAUGCGAGGAACCGGGCAGAGUCACUUAUUGUUCCAAUAAUGGAUACUGUGUAAAUACGUAUGGGUCUUACAAGUGUGGGAUAGACACCAAGAGACUGCUCACUAUAGGUAUUAGCAGUAGCUUUGGGCUAUUGGUUCUACUUGUUGGUGGAUGGUGGUCCUACAAAGUGGUGAAGAAGAGGAGGAGGAUUAAACAAAAGAACAAGUUUUUCAAACGAAAUGGUGGUUUAUUGUUACAACAACAAUUAUCUUCACAUGAAGCCAAUUUUGAGAACACCAAAUUGUUUAAUUCAAAAGAUUUAGAGAAGGCCACUGACCGUUUUAAUGUAAAUAGAAUACUUGGCCAAGGAGGACAAGGUAUUGUUUACAAAGGCAUGUUGACAGAUGGAAGAAUCGUUGCUGUGAAAAAGUCCAAGGUAAUUGAUGAAGGGAAACUUGAAGAAUUCAUUAAUGAAGUUUUCAUCCUUUCACAAAUUAACCACAGGAAUGUGGUUAAGCUAAUUGGUUGUUGUUUGGAGACAGAAGUUCCUCUUCUAGUUUAUGAAUACGUUCCUAACGGAGCUCUUUCCCAAUAUGUUAAUGGCCAAACGGAGGAGUUUCCAUUAACAUGGGAUAUGCGCUUACGAAUUGCAACAGAAGUUGCAGGAGCUCUCUUCUAUUUACACUCAGUAGCUUCCUUGCCUAUUUAUCAUCGGGACAUUAAGUCUACAAACAUACUCUUAGAUGAUAAAUUUAGAGCUAAAGUAGCUGACUUUGGGAUUUCAAGAAACAUCACUGUUGAUCAAACUCACUUAACCACACUAGUGCAUGGAACUUUUGGAUACUUGGACCCUGAAUAUUUCCAAUCAAGUCAAUUUACAGAAAAGAGUGAUGUUUAUAGUUUUGGUGUUGUCCUUGCUGAAUUGUUAACUGGCAAAAAAGUGAUUUCUUCAACAAGAACACAAGAAUCCAAAAGUUUAGCCACAUAUUUCAUUCAAUCGGUGGAGGAGAACAAUUUGUUUGAUAUCAUUGAUAGUCGAGUUUUGAAGGAAGGUAAGAGAGAAGAGAUCAUUGCGAUUGCGAACCUUGCAAAUAGGUGCCUAAACUUAAACGGAAAGAAACGACCUACAAUGAAAGAAGUUGCAAUAGAGUUGGACGUAGUUCAAAUGUUGCAAAAAGCCCCUAACCUUCAACAAAACUAUGAAGAGCUUGAAGACGUCCAAGCAAAAAUGUAUGAGCCACCGGAUGUUGUUCCCACAUCAACAAUGUCAACCUUAUUUGUAGACGCUCAACCAUUAUUAUCUUUUCAAUCAGUAUGAAUCAGUAUUUGUUUA